GUAUCAUAGAAAAGGACAGCAACAGUAUUGUCAAUCGAACAUUGCCAUUAUAACGUGGACCUCACUUAUUUUAUAGAUAAUUUGAAGCUCGCAGUACUGAGGCACUCAGUCAAAAAUUCACAUCGAACUUGAAUACUUGAAGUCGGGGAACCUCUGGCCCGGGUUGACCCAUGGUUGAUAUCCCAUAACUUGAGAAAUAAUGAACAUUGAAGUAAACUAAUUGUGUUUACAAUUUCUUACUAAAAAAUCAUAUUAAUUUCUUAGUUUUCAAGUGAAAUUGAGCUUGUUGAGUUGAGUUUUCAAUUCUUGUUAUCUAUGUUUUGUUUUUACAUUGUGGAUUGGCUACUUUCAUGAUAGUGGAUUGUGUAAAUGUAAAAUAAUACAAAUUUGAAGCUAGUGUAGCCUAACCUAAUCACGCGCAUAGGUAGUGUGUUAUUGAACUUGAAAAUGAAUUAGUUAUUUUUUGGAGUUCAAACAUUAUGUAGUCAGUAGCCUAGUUGAUAAUAGUAUCUGGAUAUUUUAAAUUCGAUUACAUCUCUCUAAAAAUUAAACUUGUUCUUAUCUUAACCCACUUGUCGGCUACUUUGAACUCUAACUUGAUUAUCAUGUCUAAAAAAGUAACUUAUUUCUAUGACCCGGAUGUUGGUAACUUUCAUUACGGACCUGGUCAUCCUAUGAAACCUCAUAGAUUAGCUGUAAUAAAUAGUCUUGUGCUUAGUUAUGGACUACAUAAGAAAAUGCAAAUCUAUAGACCUUAUCGCGCCAGCACCCAUGAUAUGUGCAGAUUUCAUUCCGACGACUACAUUGAAUUUCUGCAAAGAGUCAGUCCUCAUAAUAUACAAAGCUUUACUAAGUUUCUUACUACAUACAAUGUAGGUGAUGAUUGUCCUGUUUUUGAAGGACUUUUUGAUUUUUGCUCAAUGUAUACCGGUGCAUCACUUGAUGGAGCGAUGAGGCUGAAUAACAAAUCUUGCGAUAUUGCAAUCAACUGGUCUGGAGGCUUACAUCAUGCGAAGAAGUUUGAAGCAUCAGGAUUUUGUUACGUGAAUGAUAUAGUUAUUGCUAUUUUAGAACUACUCAAAUAUCAUGCAAGAGUUCUGUACAUAGACAUUGACGUUCAUCAUGGAGAUGGUGUUCAGGAGGCGUUUUACUUGACAGACAGAGUUAUGACUGUAUCUUUCCACAAGUAUGGCAACUACUUUUUCCCUGGAACUGGUGAUAUCAAUGAAAUCGGCGCGGAAAGUGGUAAAUACUACACUGUUAAUGUUCCAUUGAAAGAGGGCAUUGACGAUCCAAGUUAUUUCCAGGUAUUCAAGCCUGUGAUUCAGGAUAUAAUGGACUUUUUCCAGCCCUCAGCAAUCGUUCUACAAUGUGGUGCGGAUUCUUUGGAUAAUGACCGACUGGGUUGUUUCAGUUUGAGUACAAGAGGGCAUGGGGAUUGUGUAAAAUUUGUCAAGGAUUUAAAUGUGCCGCUUUUGGUGGUUGGUGGAGGGGGUUAUACCCUGCGCAAUGUGGCGAGAUGUUGGACUUAUGAAACGUCACUCUUGGUUGACGAGCAGAUCAGUGAAGAAUUGCCGUACACUAAGUAUCUGGAGUACUUCUCUUCUGAGCUGACUCUACAUCCAGCAGUUAUCAACAGACAUAUGAACGCAAACAGUAAACAGUAUUUAGAAACGGUGGUGAAACAUGUACAUGAUAACCUGAAGAUGUUGCAUAAUUCUCCGAGUGUGAUGAUGCAUGAUGUGCCGGGAGACGCGAUUCCGUCCGAGGAGGCCGCUCUUCUGGACGAUUUGGACCCGGAUGUGAGGUGUCCGCAAAUGGAGGAAGACAAUCGAAUCGAAGCACCCAAUGAGUUCUAUGAUGGCGACAAAGACCACGAUUCAGGCAUUGACAAUAUUCUCCCCUAAUUCAUUCAAAAGUUCAAACUAAGGACUUCAAGCCAGACAAUGAGAAAUUUACUUCUGGAUCAUCUGAAUUUAUGAGAUGCUUCAUUAGAGGUUUAUUCAUUUGAAUUCGAGAGAUUAAUUUACUCAAAAAUAUUAUUUUAAUGUCCACUGAACUGUAAAAGAACUAUACUAGUAUUAGAGAAAGAAAAAAACUUUCGUUCAUAACAUGAUAGAAAAAUGUAUUUCUACAGAAUUAUAUUAUACAAUACAUUAUUCUAUUAUACUUACAGUAUAGCAUCAUACAAUUUUUAUAUCCGUAUAUUUAGACUAUCUUAUAGGCUAUCCCUUGAAAUAAGACAUAAUAAAUUUUGUCAAUAAUUGAACAUGGAAUAUCUACAGUUUCAUCUGCCUCAAUUUUUUAAUUUUAUGGCAUUGUUAUUAUUAUUAUUAGCCAGACUAUAAUAUUUCUAUCCACAUUUGCAAUUGGAAUUUUUAUUGUAGGACUUGGAUUUGAAUGUGGUUACUUUCUAACGAAACAGCAAUAUGGUAUUUAAAAGUUUCCCCUGCUGGUUUGAAACCCACCUACGGCUGGACAGGUUUCGCUUAUCCUUCCCAUUACUCACCCACAAGCCUGGAGCUUGUGAAAUUAUAAAUUUGCUAAUUUGCUAAUUUAUAAUUUUAUAAAUUUGGAAAGUUUGUUAAAUACAGUAGGAUUUUAUUGUUGCUCUAAUUUAAAAAGACGUGACAUUUUUUAAAAUAUCUUACAAGAUUGUUAUAAGUCAAUUCGGUGAUUAUACUCUAUCUAUUUUCUGUAUUGUAUCAUUCAACCAAGAGUAAAAACGCUGUAUCAAAACAUCCAUGGAACUUCUAAUAAAUUAUAGAUGAAUAUUGAAUUCAAUUGAUAUCAAUAAUGAACGGUUUAGAAAGAAAUUACUAUGAUGAAAGCAAAUUAACUUAAUAUGUUGGAUCUGUAAAAAAUAAAUAAUAUUUUUUCAUUUUUCUGCGGUUGAAUGCAGCAAAACAAAGGAGACGCUUGAAAAAGGCCCCAAGAUGUUGCCUCCAGGUGUAUUUAACAAAGGACAUCACUAGUACAACUAUAAAAAUAGCUUGCCAUUCUUGCUCAUAUCACAUGAAAAAUAAAUGUGAAAUUGAAAAAUAUUCAAUUCAUUUGUAAAACAAAAAUAAUAGUAUAAUCUUUCUUUUUUAUCACAAAUAAAAGCAUUAUUUCACCGUAAUUGAGUUAUUUGAUUUUUUGUCUUGUUAAAACUUGAAAAAAAAUGUCCAAUGUGGAAAAUGCUAUUCUUAUCAUUCGCAUGUUAGGAAAAAAUAUAACAUUCAACUCAAUGUUUCAAGAAUAUCUCAACAUCAAGGAUUCUUGGGAAAUCAAACAGGUAUUAUUGAAUCAAUAUGAUAUGACAUACGCCUAUGAUAUGAAUACGAUAUGGUUAUCAAUAGAAUAAUCAAAAAUAACAUAAAUCCAACAUACGCCUACUAAGAUUACUACAGUAUAUUUGAAAACAAGGGACACCUAGUUGGAAGAAUAUAGAAUGAGGAAGAUAUUCUCUUUUUUUAGCUAUUGGGAAAUCAAUAGCAUUGUGACUGAAUAUUAUCAUAGAGAAACAAUAGCGUAAGAACAAACAACUUAUGCUAUCGUUUCUCUAUGAUAAUAUGUUCUAUAUAUAUUUUUUAAAUAUCAACACAAUUUAAAUAACUUGUCCCGGCUAGAUAGGCAAUAAUCAAUAAGUCUCAAGAUAUUGUAAAUAUAUUUUCAAAUGGUUUGAGUUUAUCUAACAAUGAUGUUUUCAUAAUAAUCAUUAUUUGUAAUAGGAUAUUCUAGGACAGUGGUCGCCAAACAGUCAAUCGCGAGCUACUGAUAGCUCGUGGGGUAGUUUUUGGUAGCUCACAGAAAUACUUGGGUUGGCAACAUUGGUUGCCUCAAGGAAAAAUAUUCAAAUACUAUUCAAUUGCAUUGAGGUUGAAAGCUAUGUUCAGCUCUAUCUACGUGUUCUAAGCUUCUUUUUGAAGUAUGAAAUUCAUAAAAAAUCUAUAUAGGAAUAGACUGACUGAUGAACAAAAUUCAUGAUGAUCAAAAAGAGUUCCACUGCUCUCAUUGAAAUGCACAUUUCAACUU